AUGGAGAGAGGAAUGUAUCUUACUUGGAACCAGCUAAGGCUUCCAGGCUCAAUAGUUCCAAGCUGUUAUAACCUCCUCAUUCAUCCCAAGCUGACUUCAUCUGUAUUCACAGGCACUGUGAAGACUGAAGUUGCUGUAACACAGGAAACCAGAGCUAUAGUCUUGCACAGUAAACAUUUGGAAAUCACUAACGCAUUUAUUGAACAGGAAAAUGGAAAGAGACAAGCAGAUAUUAAACAGCUAGAAGUUUUAGAAUAUCCUCCUCACGAGCAAGUUGCCUUUCUGACUACUGAACCUCUUCAGGUGAAUAAGAACUAUUUCAUUUUGAUUAACUAUAUUGCCAAUUUUUCAAAUGGCUUCUAUGGGUUCUAUAAAAGUACCUACAAAACCGGGAUGGAGACCAAAUUGCUGGCUUUUACUCAUUUUGAACCAACUUUGGCCCGGAUGGCAUUCCCAUGUUUUGAUGAGCCAUCCUUUAAAGCCAAUUAUACAAUAAAGGUUCAGAGAGAAGAGCAGUAUAUUGCAAUAUCUAAUACGCCAAAGGUGAUUUGGGGGGGGUUUAAUCUCAAAACCUUUAAUUUCUUUCCAUACCUUCUUAAUGAACCAGGUAGAGUAGGAAAUGUAAAAAUGAGUACCUGUUUGGUAGCAUUCAUAAUUAGCGAUUCGCAGUCAGUCAGUGGUACAAAUUCAUCAGGAAUUAUGGUGUCUGUAUGUGCCAAUCCAGGGAAGCUGACUCAAACCCACUAUGCACUGGAAGUUGCUAUCAAGAUACUAGAAUUCUAUGAACAGUAUUUUGGUAUCCCUUACCCACUUCCAAAACAGGAUAAAGAGUAUGUUUUUCUUCUAGAUCUUGUUGCUGUUCCCGAUUUUCAAUCAGGAGCUAUGGAAAGCUGGGGCCUGACUACCUUCAGAGAGACUUCUCUGCUUUAUGAGCCAGAGACAUCUUCAGCUUCUGACAAACUUUGGGGGACCAUGGUGAUAGGACAUGAACUGACUCAUCAGUGGUUUGGUAAUCUGGUCACCAUGGAAUGGUGGAAUGACAUCUGGCUGAAUGGAGGGUUUGCAAGAUACAUGGAAUCCAUAUCUGUUGAUGCUACUUAUCCUGAGUUGCAAGUGAAUGAUUAUUUGUUAGAUACCUGCUUUGCAGCAAUGGGAAGAGAUGCUGUGAACUCAUCACAUCCAGUAUCUUCAAGGUCAGAAAACCCAACACAGAUUAAGGAAAUGUUUGAUACUGUUUCUUAUGACAAGGGGGCUUGUAUUCUACAUAUGCUUAGGAACUUCCUGACUGAGGAGGUGUUUUGAAUUGGAAUAAUUCAUUACUUAAAGAAACACAGCUAUAAAAAUGCAAAGAACAAGGACCUCUGGGACAGCUUGGCUAAUACUUGUUCUGAAGAGGAUUUUACUUAUGGUAAAUACUGUUACAGAAAAAGUCAGGCUACUCAACAUGUGUAUGACUAUUACCUCAGUGAACACUUUAAUGUUGCCAACAUAAUGGAUACCUGGACUAUUCAGAAAGGACUUCCAUUGAUUAUUGUUGAACAAAAUUGGAAGAGAAUCAAAAUAAGACAAGAACGCUUUCUUAAAGGCAUUUUCCCAGAUGAUCCUCAGUGGUCCUCAAUGCAAACUGGGUUCCUGUGGUAUGUUCCUUUGACAUACAUUACAAGUCAUUCCAAAAAUAUUGGAAGACAUUUAAUGAAGAAUCGUUCAGAUACCAUAGAAUUGGAGGAAGAUAUCAGCUGGGUGAAAUUCAAUGUGGAUAUGAAUGGUUAUUACAUUGUACACUAUGAGGAAAAUGGAUGGGACAUUAUUAAACUAUUGAACAAGAAUCACACCCUCUUCAGCUACAAAGACAGAGCAAGUCUGAUCCAUAAUGCUUUUCAGUUGGUCAGUGCAGGGAGACUAUCGCUUGACAGAGCUCUGGAUCUAACACGGUAUCUCCAGCAUGAGACAAGUAAUAUAGUACUUCUGAAAGGCCUGGGCUGUCUGGAAGUGAUCUGUCGCAUGAUGGAGAGACUAAGUAUUUCUGAUGUUGCAGAAAGUCUAAAAGGGUACAUUUUGCAGUAUUUUAAACCAGUGAUUGACAAGCAGGCCUGGAGUGAUGAGGGCUCUGUUUCUGAAAGAAUGCUUUGUUCUGAUCUUCUAGAGCGUGCGUGUGACCUGCAAUAUCUUCCUUGUAUCCAGAAGGCAAAUCGGCUUUUCAGCAGGUGGAUGGAAAUGGGUAACAUUCCCUCUGAUGUCCUUGGAACAGUCUACUCUGUUGGAACCAAAACAGCUACCGGCUGGAAUUUUCUUUUGGGUGGAUAUAAAGUGUCCAUAUCUAGUGCUGAACAGAGAAAGAGCUACUCAGCUCUGGCAAGCAGUAAAGAUGUUAGUAAAUUAACAAGGUUGCUUAAACUUGGAAUAGAAGGAGAUGUAAUCAGGAUUGAAGACUUGCCUUCAGUUAUCUAUUCAGUCAACACAAAUCCAGCUGGACAACUCUUUGCAUGGAACUUUGUAAAGAAAAAUUGGAGCAAGCUACUGGAAAAGUUUCAGUUAGUGUCUUUCUCUUUUAGAACUAUUAUCUCUAGGACUAUAUCUUAUUUUUCCCCCAAAGAUAAGCUAGAAGACAUUGUUGGUUGCUGUCUUUUUAAGUGUCUGGAGAACCAAGAAUUUCAGCUGACAAUCACCAGAUUUGCACUGGAUACCAUCACUAAAAGCAUCAGAUGGCUGGAGAAGAAUCUUAACAGCCUUUUAAACUGGCUGCUGAAUAAUGUUCAAGGCCUAAAAUGA